AUGGGAAGAAGAACCAGAUAAUGUUGUGACCGUCGUUAAUGGCGGGUAAGAAAAGCACAGAAGAAACGAACGUCAGCUACAUCACUCAACACGCUGAACUGAGAAAGACGAUCCAAUAGAAAACUCUAUCCAGUGAACUCAAAUGACUUCAAUGGAUUGAUACACACUUGCAACCCAAUAGACAUAUUAACUCUCCAGUCUCUCUUACCCAAUGUUGAUGUCUCUCUGCAACCACCAAACCUCACUUCCUUCCAAAACCCUCCCAAACCCCUCACUGCCAUAUCGCUUCUUCUUUCCACGACCUUUACCGGAAACCCUUUUCUCACAAAACCCUAAAAAGCUCCUUAAAACCCUCCACCUUCGAAUCUCCGCCUCUGCCACCACCUCCGAUACCCAAACCCUCCCUCAAUCCGCCAUCCGAAGAAUCGCCGAAAAACUCCGCAGCCUCGGCUAUGUGGAAGAUAACGACAAAGAAGAACCUAAAAAAAACGUAAACCCCAAUACUAAACUCUCCUCCCCUGGUGAGAUUUUUGUGCCAUUACCUACCCAGUUGCCCAAAUACCGAGUUGGGCAUACAAUUGACUCGAGUUGGAGCACGCCGGAGAAUCCGGUGCCGGAACCGGGGUCAGGGAAUGCGAUACAGAGAUAUCAUGAAUUGAGAAUUAAGGUUGGGAAGGAAAAAAGAGAGGAGAAGUUGAAGAAGAGAGCGGAGGAGAGAGAGAAAGUGCCGACAUUGGCGGAGUUAAGGAUACCGAAGGAGGAGUUGAGGAGGCUGAGGGCAAUUGGGAUUGGGUUGAAGACGAAGUUGAAGGUUGGGAAGGCGGGGAUUACCGAGGGGAUUGUGAAUGGGAUUCAUGAAAGGUGGAGGGGGGUGGAGCUUGUGAAGAUCGUUUGUGAGGAUAUAUGUAGGUUGAACAUGAAGAGGACUCAUGAUUUAUUGGAGAGAAAAACUGGAGGGUUGGUUAUUUGGCGGUCUGGAAGUAAUAUAAUAUUGUACAGAGGAGCUGGUUAUAAGUAUCCAUACUUCUUCUCCGACACAAAGUCAUCAAAGGGCCUUUCUGAUGGUGAUUUAUCGAGGACGGAUCGAGUAGAUGACGAUGGACAGCAAAGCUACUCGUAUAGCACGGAUAUUGUCGAUUCUGCUCGACCAAACUCAUCAAACAAAGUGGCUCCUCCACCCCUGAUAAAUGGUGUAGGUUCUCCAAACAGAGUAAGAUUCCAACUUCCUGGUGAGGCACAACUUGCGGAAGAAGCUGACCAUCUGUUAGAGGGACUCGGCCCACGCUUUGUUGAUUGGUGGGGAUAUGAUCCUUUACCGGUUGAUGCUGAUCUUCUACCAGCAAUUGUCCAAGGAUACAGGAGACCUUUCCGGCUUCUUCCAUAUGGUGUGAAACCUAAACUAACAAAUGACGAAGCGACAAUAUUAAGGAGACUUGGGCGGCCAUUGCCCUGCCAUUUUGUUUUGGGCAGAAACAGAAAACUUCAAGGAUUAGCUGCUGCCAUUGUAAAGCUUUGGGAGAAGUGUGAGAUUGCAAAAAUUGCAGUGAAGAGAGGAGUUCAGAAUACUAACAGUCAAAUGAUGGCUGAAGAGCUGAAGGGUCUGACAGGAGGAACAUUGCUGUCACGGGAUAAGGAAUUCAUUGUGUUUUACAGAGGAAAGGAUUUCCUGCCAGCUGCAGUUUCUUCAGCAAUAGAAGAACGGAGGAAUUAUGAAAUUCACAGCGAGAACAUCAGGAAAGAUGAUAAUUCAUCAUUUAUGCAUCCACCAGACCAUAAACUUGGGACUCUGUUGAGUGCUUCUGAGCAUAAGCAAGACAAGGCAAAUGACCACAAACAUAAACUUACCCCUGAACAAAAGAAGCUAAGGUUCAAGGAAGCAGCUAUAAAAACAACAAGCAGCAAGUUGUCCAUUGCAUUAGCCAAGAAAGCCAGGGCAGAGGAACUUUUGGCAGAUCUGGAAAAGGAAGAGAUCUCCCGACAACCUGAAAUAGAUAAAGAAGGCAUCACUGAAGAAGAAAGAUAUAUGCUGAGGAAGGUUGGCUUGAGAAUGAAUCCUUUUCUCCUAUUGGGUAGACGAGGAGUGUUUGAUGGAACCGUUGAAAACAUGCACCUUCACUGGAAAUAUAGGGAACUUGUGAAAAUAAUAUCUGGUGAAAGAAACAUUAAAGAGGUUCACGGAAUAGCGCGGAAAUUAGAGGUAGAAAGUGGUGGAAUAUUAGUGGCAGUUGAGCGAGUCAGUAAAGGUUAUGCUAUCAUUGUGUACCGUGGGAAGAAUUACAAACGCCCUGCUUGUUUGAGGCCUCAGACACUCCUAAAUAAAAGAGAAGCAUUGAAGCGCUCUAUAGAGGCCCAGCGUCGCGAGUCCUUGAAACUUCAUGUUUUGAAGCUUAGCAGGAAUAUAGAUCAAUUUAAGAUUCAGUUGGCCAAAGACGAGGAGACAGGUCAUAUGCCGAUGAUCAAACAAUUGAAACUUGAGUUAGCGACAGAAAGUCAUGGUGCUGGUUUAGGUAACUCAAAGGAUGUCAUGGAUGCUUCAAGUGAUAAUCUGCAAAUCACUCAGCAGGCUAUGCCUAGAGAUUUCUCUUUUGAAAAUGAGAGCAAGGAAGAUACUGAGUUUGAUAUGACUGAACCAGGGUCUUUAUCUGGAUCAGCACCUAAAGACACCAAUCCUUGUAUGGAUAUGAAAGGGGAAGGUGGAGAUGUUGAUUCUGUAACUUGUCCUGCUGAUUUUGAGACAACCUUUUCAGCCAUCAGUAAUACCGAGCCUCAUGUUCAUGACAUCAAGACCAUGGAGUCUUCUGUUGAUUCACCGAAAAUUGAGUUAAAGCCAUCAGUUGACAGUGCUGUAGAGAAUGGGUCUGGUGGGAUACCUUUCAGAUCUGCACAUCUUUCCAAUAAAGAAAGGCUGCUUCUACGAAAGCAAGCCCUGAAGAUGAAAAAGCGACCUGUCCUUGCUAUAGGUAAGAACAAUGUCGUUAGUGGAGUUGCUAAAGCAAUUAAGGCACACUUCCAGAAGCAUCCUCUUGCUAUAGUAAAUAUCAAAGGUAGAGCCCAAGGGACUUCAGUCCAGGAGGUGAUUUUCAAGCUGGAGCAAGCCACUGGUGCAGUUCUAGUCUCUCAGGAACCCAGCAAAGUCAUUCUUUACAGGGGCUGGGAGUCGGGGGAAGAACCUGUCUCUGCCAACGAGAGAAAUCUGAAUAAAUCAGCUGGCAGAGAGGGUGGAGAUCCAGCAAUUGUUUCUCCUGAGCUCAUCUCGGCAAUCAGACUUGAAUGUGGAUUGGAGUGUAGCUGAGAAAGAGGUGGUUCUGUAGGGUGGAACUGGAACCAAAGUUUGAGUUUUUUAUGACGAAGUUUAGUUUUUUUUUUUUAAUUUCUUUUUU